UUCCCAGGCGUCCCCGCGCGUGCGCGUGUUUGGCGAAGAUGGAAGUACUGUGCGGUUCGGUUCGGUCCACCAGCUGGGACUCUGCUCUUUUGCAGCGAGUUCCGCCGCUGCUCACAGACCUGUACCAUUUCACUAUGGCUUACGGGUACUGGAAAUGUGGGCGACAAGCUGAGGAGGCAGUGUUCGAGCUCUUUUUUCGUGACCUUCCUUUCGGGGGUGGCUUCUCUCUCUUCUGCGGACUUCAGGACUGUUUACACUUCAUACGCAACUUCAGAAUUAAGCCAGAAGAUGUGACUUAUUUGAAGAGUGUUAUGCCCAGCACGAUUGAUGAAGGAUUUUUUGACUUCCUUAGGGAAGUGGAUUCUAGCAGUGUCUCCGUAGCCGCUAUCCCGGAAGGUUCAGUAGUAUUUCCAAAAGUGCCAUUGAUGGAAGUACGAGGCCCAUUGCCAGUGGUUCAGUUACUGGAGACAAGUUUAUUGUGCAUGGUAAACUAUGCCAGUUUGGUUUCCACCAAUGCUGCACGCUUCUGCUUGGCUGCUGGCUCAAACAAGAAGUUGCUGGAGUUUGGACUAAGGCGAGCCCAGGGUCCUGAUGGUGGGCUCUCAGCCUCACGCUAUUCUUACAUUGGAGGGUUUCAUGGUAGUAGCAAUGUACUUGCUGGGAAGUAUUUUAACAUUCCAGUUGUUGGGACAAUGGCUCACUCAUUCAUCACUUCCUUCUCCUCUUUGAAAGAGGUGCAUCCUUCAACCCUCAUUUCGGAAAAUGGAGAGGGCCCACCAGUAGAUCUGGUGAAGCUGAGUGUAUUCUGGCUGAACCGAGUCUGUAGUCAUUUGCACAUGACCCCUGAAGAGGCGAACAAGGGAGAACUAGCUGCUUUCAUCUCAUAUGCCAUUGCUUUUCCUAGGAAUUUUUUGGCACUUCUGGAUACCUACAGUGUUAUCAGGAGUGGGGCUGUAAACUUUUGCACAGUUGCUUUGGCUUUGUGUCAGCUUAAUUAUCAGCCGGUUGGUGUUCGCCUUGACAGUGGAGACCUCUGCAGGCAGUCUGUUGACUUGCGCAGAAUCUUUCAUUCCUGUAGCACUGAAUUUCAGGUUCCUGGCUUCAAGUCUUUAGUUAUUAUUGGAAGCAACAGCAUCUCUGAGCAAUCUGUAAUGGAAAUGAAGGAACAGAAGAAUGAGAUUGACAUUAUAGCAGUGGGAACAAACUUGGUAACAUGUCCUCUCCAGCCAACACUGGGUCAUGUUUACAAGCUGGUGCAGGUGAAUGGGAAACCUCGAAUGAAGUUCUGUGAAGACCCUGAGAAGGCAACUUUACCAGGAAGGAAAGCUGUUUACAGACUAUACAACAAUGAUGGUCAUCCUUUCCUUGACUUGAUGACUCUAAAGGAAGAACCAGUUCCCACAGAUGGCCAAGAAGUGCACUGUUGUAUGUUAGGUGGGCAGAUGGAGACUGUGAAGGCAGCAAGAGUUGAGCUCCUUCAUCAGGAUUUUUUUUCUCUGGGCCAGCCGACUCAGCCUUUCUUGAGUGCAACAGAGAUCAGAAAUAGAGUCCAGACUUCACUAAUCCUUCUUAAUCCAGGUCUAAAGAGACUACAGCAGCCCGACAGAUAUAAGGUAGCUGUGUCGGAGCGUUUUGCUUCUCUUCUGAAGGACCUCAAAAAUAGGAAAGACUGGACAGAGUAAGAGAUGUCGGGGAAUUAAGCAGGAAGGACAGCAUUAAAUGGAGUCAAACAUUUACUUCAGAAACUAUCUUCCAUCUUUUUCGACAGUUACAGUGUACGCAAUGUUCUGUUCUCCUUUUUUGCAAGGUUCUUCAUUCCUAAAUAAUUCUGCCUUUCUAUAUUCCAGGAUAUUUGACAUGACAGUUUUACCUAGCUCUUACUUUAAUGGUCCACCAAAUUAGUAUUGGUACAAGUCAUUAGGAUGCAACUACCACAUUUCUUAAAUCUGUAUACUUCUUAAUUUACAGAAAUUAAAGGAAUAUUCCACUCAAAAUUAUUUUUUUACCUGUUACCUCAUGUUUGCUGUGAUGCCUGAGAAAAAUGAAGUUAAUCUUUUUAUGGAGUAUGGAGGUAACAAAAUUUUUUAUACAGUAGGCAUCAUGAUAAAAAUUGCCACUUGUGUCGUAUAAUGAACCUGUCAGGAAUCUAGUCAUGUGUUCCCAAUGUGUAAGUUGGAAAAAAUAUUUUAUAAAUAAACCAGUUCUGGAAAGUU